AGUCGUGCUGCUUAACGCUUUGUCCUCGUUAUUUCAAGUGAGCGCUGAGGGAGAGAGGAGAGCGAGCUAGGUGUCUCGUGCGGAUUUUUCACUGACACAAGGCGCGCGGAGGACUUUGUAAUUAAACCGUGCUCAUUUGUAUAUACUUGAGUCCCAUUUAAAACAGUAAAAGAAAAGAAGUGCCUGGUGAGAGAGUGAGAGAGAGAGAGAAGAGGGGGGGAGGAAUAACCAAAACGCAACACGUAUCCGGUGGGAUCCCACUCCUGAGAGAGACAAGCGGCAGGAGUUUGGAGCGAAGGGUGCAAGGAAAGCGAGAGGAGAGAAGAAGACGAAGAAGAAGAAGAAGAAGAGGGGGAAAUUUGCUCCUAGCAACGCGGUUUGAAUUAUUAAAGAGGAAUAAUGAGGAACGUUUGGAUAAUUUUGACCCUCGGGCUGACCGUCUUCCUCUCCGGGGAAAGGAUAGCAGACGCAGCCAAGACUUCCUCUCAGGCUGAUGACUUGUACCUGGAUGACACAGGCUCAGGAGGUUACUACCCUGAAGAUGAUGAUGACUUUAACUCAGGGUCUGGCUCAGGUGGAGGUGAAGAAGUGGCGGAGGAAACAGUGACUGUCACUAUGGUUUAUAUCGAGCCCAAUGCAGCAGAACCCACCCAGGACUCCACCAAAGAUUUCACCCCCAGGGUGGAGACAGCCACAGUCAGAGAAAAUGCCAGAGACAGCACACCCAGGAAACCAUUCAGAACAGAGGCACCAGUGCCAGUUACAGAGGACAUGCAGAGGAACCAGAUGACUAGUACGACUAGUGCCCCCGGCUCGCCCCAGGAGGCCGUUGAGGUCCGCACUGAAAACCUUUUCCAGAGGACAGAGGUGUUGGCAGCUGUUAUUGCAGGUGGCGUGAUCGGCUUCCUGUUCGCCAUCUUCCUCAUCCUCCUCCUGGUCUACCGCAUGAGGAAGAAGGAUGAGGGCAGCUAUGACCUGGGAGAGAGGAAACCCUCCGGCGCAGCCUAUCAGAAGGCCCCCACCAAGGAGUUUUAUGCAUAAAACCCUCACCCCGUCGUCAGAUCAGCAGAAAUCGCGAGCGACUGUCGAAAAGCACAGUCCACGAAAAACAGCAACCCUGUUCAAACAACAACAAAACAUUUUCAAGUUGAUUAAGGAAAAAUAGCAUAAAGGAAAGCUUUUGCAUAGAGUAUUGUAAUUAAGACCUUUUCUUUUCUUCUUUUUUUUGUUUUUUAAAUGAAAACCAAGCAUUUCUCAUUUUAUGGCAAAUCUCAGUGUAUUUAAACAUUUUGUGUAUUAUUUGAAAAGGCUGAAAAAAUAAAAACAGGAUCUGUAAAAGGCGAGGAAACUAAUCGCAGGAGCUGUUUCUAGUCGCUGACUACUUUUAACUGUAGCAGUAUGUUAUUUGUAAAGAAAAAAAAAUUAAAAGUGGAAAUAAUUGAAUAUAAUUAUUCUGUAUCAAUCCUACUUUCAUUUUUUUCUUUUUAUUUUGUCCUAGCAUGUCUGUUGUUGAUCUCUCUAAAAGGUGUAUUACAUUAAUUUAUCUUUUCUCUGAUGUUAAAAAAAAAAUGCCUUUGUAGUUUUGAUGAAGCUCUUUGGUCUUCAUAUUAACGCUGUUAACAGUCAAUGUAAAUGUUCUCCCUUCAGGUUACAAUGUUUAUUAUUUGCUCUCACAUCAGUUUUUUAGUCAAACGUGAGCGUUUCAUUAUGUCUUGUUUAUUUGUUUGUUCUCUUCUCAGUGUAGCCUUUUUUUCUUUUCUUUUAUUUACAUACCAGGAACAGGUCUUUAAAAGAUAAAAAAAAAAAAAAAUAAGCGUGUCAGGGCUCGAGAAAAAUCACGAAAACUCGCUUCUGUUUUUAUGUCUCGCUGAACUUCUUUUCUAUUUAAAAGCAUUUCUCUUUCACAUUGCACAUUCACUGCUUUUGCUUCCCACUGCUGUCGUGCAGCUUUGAGUGUAUGUGGAGUGUUUUGGGGUGAAGUUUCUUCUUCGUGGGCCCAUAGCCACGUCCUCCCUCCUCCUCGAUGAGUUUAGUGACUGCACCCAAACUUUGCUAGCACCCUUUCACCCUGACAUCUCCUCCCCCUUUGUCUGUUUACCCUCACCUCCCUCACUCCCACCUCCUUUUUAAUUAGAUUGGAGCUUGGCCAGUUGAGUUGUCACCCCCUUCCCACUCUCACUCUCUUUUCCAGCUACAUGGAGCCACCCGUGUAGCCAGGAGUUAUUGUCCCUGUCCCAGUGUUGAUGCUUUCGGCUCACAGGAGGCCUGCUACUGCUCGGACACAAACACACAGGGCCCAAUCCCCACAUGCAGGGCACAUACUUCUGCAGCAAACAACACCAGACCCCCACCUCUCUCUAGAAACCUCUCAGAGGGAUUGAUAAAUAAGGCUGCACAGAAAAUCUAAGACUCCAGUGUUAUGUCUGAAUAAGCUUUGACGAGACACAUUGAGGGCUACUCAUGUUUUUUUAGUGGUCAGUGCAGGCAUUUCAAAAGAGCUUCUGUUGAGAGAUGAGGUUGUUUGCCAGGUUUAAAACCUGAGUUUAACCAGAUAAAAGGCCACAAAAUGAUGCAGAAACAGCCACGUAGCUGCAUUAAAUAAAAACAUAGGUUACGGUCACAUGACUUUUUUUUCUUUCUUUUUUUUUAUGUUACAUGAACUUGCUCAGAAGAGACGUGUUUUGUUGGGCAGGUUUGUGAAGUUGCCUUUUUCAGCUGUACAGUAAUGUGAAGUAGAUUCAGUCGAUGCCGUCACAUCAUGUAAACCCCCUAACAACCACCCACAUAAAGCAGCUCAUCACUCUCCAUCGCCAUCCCUCGUCGUCGUCUUCUCUUCUUUCAGUCUGUCUAUGAUCCAUUUGUUCCCCUACCAUCCCCUACCCCCUCCCCCCAAUCUCUGUUGUUCUAGCUCCUAAAGGUACUGAACUAUACUGAAAAACCCAAAGACUCACAGUAUUUCUACUCGCACCCACCCCCUCCACCAUGGCCACAUCAUGUCGUUUCCUCAUCCUCUUUUUCUUCACUCUUUUUUUUUUUUUUAGUUUUUUUCUUCUCUCUAUUAGAGACCUGACCUUUGAGUCCAAUUGCUUAUUAGUAUAUGAAAAGAUAUAUAAAUAUAUAUAAAUGUAUAUUCACAAAUGUUUUAAACCUUCAAAGUGCCUACCAUUUGGAAAUGUACUUGCUCAAGGUGAGCAUGUGGCGGGUGUGUACACACAGGAGGGGUGUAAACGACUUGACUGGCAUUCUGUGAGCAUGGAUGACUGUAAUGGUAACUUUUUUUUAGUCUUACAAAAGCUGACAGUAUUGUACCUAUAAGUUGAAACAACACUACUGAAUAAACAUUGUGGCCUAAUA